AUGCUCCAGAAGCUUUUCAGCAGAUCAAUCCGAACGGUCUCGGCCACCACACCAACACUAAACUCAAACUCGAACGACCUUCGGAGACAAGCCCUCGCAAACUUCCAAUGCAUAAGAAAUGUUUACGCACCACCUGCCCCCACCACAAAAAACACGCAUCCGUACUCAAGUCCGCCAAUAGCGUCGCAAGAGCGCUCGACGCCAGCACCGCCAUCGCCACUUGGCAACACAAUCCAGAGGGAAAAGCCGGAAUGGCAAGGUCCUUCGAAGUGCAAAGAUGCUGAGAACGGGGAGAAGUGUCGGGUGCCUAAGUUUCCGGCGUGGGUACCGACGAUGUUCAUUUUUGUGAUGGGGUUGUAUGUUGGGUGGUUGAAUAGACAGUUGGCUGUUUCGCAGGUUAUGAUGGAGGUCUCGAAGAUUAGGGUGGGGGAGUUGCAGAGUGAGGUUGAGAUUUUGAGAGGGGUUUGGUGA